CAAUAGGAGGAGGUGGAGGGAAAGAGAGCAAGAGAGCGAGCUUCAGAGAGAAUGAGCGAGAGGGAGGACGAGGACAGGCAGGGAACCAGAACCGGCAUUAAAGAGAUAGAAGAAAAGAGGAGCAGCGUGUGGGAAGAGCAGCCCAUCAGAAAAAGAGCUUUCAACAUAUAGAGGAGGGGAGCCAGUUUGUGUAGAGUGCGUCACAGCCUGUGGCUCUGUCUGUGUGAUCCACGGUUCUCUGGAGGCCGUGGCAGCCAUGGCGACAGAGCCAGGCACCCAGUCCAGGGUGAUGUUUCAGGCGCCGGACAAGACAGAAGACCCGGCACACCGUAAGCUGGGUAAGCUGACAGUGAAGUACAACCGCAAGGACCUGCAGAGAAGGCUGGAUAUUGAGGAGUGGAUCGACGGGCAGCUGCACCUGCUGUUUGACUGUGAGGAGGAAGAGAUUCCAGAGUUAGAAAUCGACAUAGAUGAACUCCUAGAACUGCCCGACGAAGGACAAAGAACUCGACUUGAGGAAUUAUUGCAGGAAUGUGGAAAGCCAAAAGAGGAGUUUAUCAACGGGCUGCUCUACAGGAUAAAAGGCCUACGUAAAAUGUCAGGCCCCUUGAAGAAGUAACUGUAGGUCAAAUUAAGAACCAAGACGACGUGGAGCCUCUUCUUCCCCACAGGUUAAGAGUUUGUAUGCCUGGAAGUGCAAAUAUCACAUCGGGGACUUUUCCUGACUUCUUCCCCCCUUCCUGAGUCAGAAUGAAUUUUUUCUGCUCAAUUUAUGGACUCUAAAAUUUAAGCACCCUUCAAAAUAUCAAUAAUGUUAAAGUGAUAAACAUGGCACAACUAUUACCCAGAUGGACUCUUUUUUUGUGUAAGAGUAAAAGAGUGUACAUUUUCAGUUUCGUAUUUAUGUACAUAAGCAUUUUGUUUAGGUAACAGUGUUGUUGCAAUAAAGUGGAAGCUUUUCAAAACAAGGCUGUUUGUGCAAAUAAUCAGAUUUAGAACAAAGUGAUGAACCAGUUUGUUUUAUUCGACAUUAAUUAUGCAUCUGCAGGUUCAGUUUGAAUAAAUUAGAGUACUUUUGAAAGGUUUAUUUGGGUUUGCAAUUCAAUUAAAAAGGGAACACAAAUGUUUCACAUACUCAUUACAGUGGCAUAUUUCAAGUUAUGCUUCUGUUAAUUUUGAUGAUUAAGACCUAAAGCUAAUGACAACAAAAACAUUGUUUCUGCAUCAGAGACUGCCUUAAAAGGAAUCACUCAGCGGUUCUGCCAAGAUGUCAAGAAGGCCCAGGCUGAUUUAAAAGCAGCUUUUAGCUUAUUUCUAAUGUUGCAUUUGAUGUCUCUUACCUUCCUCUUGACAAUACCCUAAAGAUUUUCUAUGUGGUUUGGGGUCAGCAGAGUUUGCAGGCGAGAACAAUGAUGCCUUGGUCAUGAAACAAGUCCUGACUGUGAAUAGUUCACUGGACCUCACGCAACCUUUUUACUCUGCCUCAGCACCUUUUUUUUUUUUUUUACCAGUUUCCUUCCACUGCACUUUCUAUCCACAGGCUUAAAUAUAGUACCCUGUAAUCAUCCAGAAAAGAACAAUUUGCUGUAAGCCAUAAUCAUCUAAAUGAAGAGAAGAGAAUGCUUGAAGAAUAACAUGAGGUUCACAUUUUAAUUUGAAUUACCUUCUACAAAAAAACAACAACUAAUUAUUGGAAAAGCAGUUGCAUUACUUGGACAAAAAUUUACAGCGCUAUUAAAAACCACUCUGCUAUCACAGCCACUUUUCAUUAUGCCCUGCAGCACUUUGUCUGGACACAGCUGAAAGGAUAACCGUCAGCGUUCUGUUUUCUGACAUGAAUUUUUCAACAGAGUGAUGGAAACAAUGGAGGCGUCAACAUGUCAGGUCUAGGAGUAAACACACUGAAAUCAGCCACAGGAUGUUCCAUUAAGUGUGCACCCAUUAUACCCAUCCAUUUCCUGUGUGGUGGUGGUGCAUGACAUGGUCAGAAAAGGCAAACAUGGCCACCAUUAAUGGAGGGAGCACCCAGAGGAGAGUGUGAAGGCUUCCUAUAAGUUAACAGCACUCUGGUCCUCUCACUGUCAUACGCAGGGUCUUUUUGUUGAGGGCUCCAUUACGGUUAUUUGUAUUACUCUGACUCAUUCAUUCUUUCACUGACAAAGAAUCCAUACAUACAGCACAAAGAGGACCUGCCAGACGAUUUUCUUAAUAAUGACACGUUUUUGUUUUUUUUUUUUUAAAAGAGCUUUGGUGUUAAAAAUAAUCAAAACAAUUGCUUCAUUUAGAAUGAAAUGACAAGAGAGUCAGCGCUAAUGUCAGAACCACAGCCAGACAUAGACAAGAACAGCACAAAGGGAACAAAGGCCUCAGUGAUUCUUUCACACGAACUCGUCUGUGACUUUUCGGUAUCUAGCUGACAACAGUCUGAGAGCGAGUACACAUUGUCUUGGGUGAGUCCAUGAUCCGUCUGCUUGAUAGAAGUGCUGCAAAAAGUUAAAAAUACUCAAACAGUAAUGAGUGCAAAGUAUACUUAGGAAGAGGCUCUGUUGUCAUGAAAAACUAAGACAGCUUCAAACAAACUUGUGAGGCUUCUUAUUCACUUUGACACUUCUAAGUUGUGUUUUAUUUAGCAUCUUCAACUAAUACCUUUUUUUUUUUUUAGCAAAU